AUGCCACCUAAAAAAAGACCAUCUUUAUCUCGAAAUUCUAGAGAUGCUAAGAGGAUGAGAAAUGCGCGUUCUCAAGAAUCGGCAGAGGAAAGAGCAUAUCGGUUAAACUCUAUGAGAGUUAGUGCCUCAACUUCUCGAGCCAAUGAAAGCUCUUCAGAGAGAGAGAUGCGAUUAGCAGCUGACAGAGCGAGACGAGCUACAUCACGGGCGUCUCAAAGCUUUUCUCAACGAGAGCUAAGGCUUACCAUUGACCAAGAACAACAUGUGUUAUCCCGAGCAGCUGAAACUGCUUCACAACGAGAAUUGCGUCUCACAGCUGACCGCGAACGACAUACAUUAUCUCGCGAGUCCGAAACAUUUACUGAAAGGGAAUUACGUCUCACAGCUGACCGCGAACGGCAUACAUUAUCUCGCGAGUCAGAAACCUUCACUGAGAGGGAAUUACGUCUUACAGCUGACCGCGAACGUCAUAUAUUGUCUCGCGAGUCAGAAACCUUCACUGAGAGGGAAUUACGUCUUACAGCUGACCGUGAACGUCAUAUAUUGUCUCGCGAGUCAGAAACCUUCACUGAGAGGGAAUUACGUCUCACAGCUGACCGCGAACGUCAUAUAUUGUCUCGCGAAUCAUCUUCUGUAAUAGGCGAUAUGAACGUGGUAUGUUCUUUUUGUAAUGCUUUAAAGUGGAGUAAGGAGUCGGCUGGAUUCUGUUGUUCUGGAGGUAAAAUAAAUUUGCCUUCAUUCGAAGACCCACCGGAACCUUUGAAAUCAUUACUUUUAGGGGAACAUGUGCAAUCUAAACAGUUUUUCGACAACAUUCGCACUUAUAAUAGUGCGUUUCAGAUGACAUCCUUUGGUGCUCAACAAAUCUCCGAAGGUCCUUUCAUGCCUACUUUUAAAAUACAAGAUGCUGUACAAUUAUGGGAAAAAUAUAAAGACAAAUUUUCAGAAGACUUUCUUAGAAAUAUAUCUAACAAUGAUGAAGGCACAACUAAUGAUAAUUUCCGUGAUCUUGCCAUAAAUCAGUGCUUAUUAGCUCUUCAGGAUGAGUUAACAGCAGUUGGCGGUAAAUCACUAUGUGAAUAUGGUUUGCCAACACCAACCUCAGUCGGAGAGGUAACUAAUAGGGAAUAUUCCGCAGAGAUUGGUUACAACUUAAUGGAACUGCUGACAACAUUAGAAAACGGUGUCCCAAUGAUGACUGCAGAACAACGUUCAGUUUAUGACCCUUCAUCUGGGAUAGCUGCAACAUUGCUACCAGGAGGUAAAACGGCUCACACUAUGUUCAAAAUACCAAUUGAUUUAGAUCGCACGGAAAGUCCAACCUGUAGUAUUUCAAGAAAUAGCGACAAAGCAAAGGUAUUACGCGAGUGUAAUUUAAUCAUAUGGGAUGAAUGUACGAUGGCCCAUCGAAAAGCAGUAGAAGCGGUAGAUAGAACUUUAAGGGAUAUAAGACAAAAUGAUCGACCAAUGGGCGGUAUCACGGUUUUAUUUUGUGGUGAUUUCCGACAAACCUUACCGGUAAUACCACGGGGAACCCGAGCUGAUGAGGUUAGGGCUUGCCUGAAAAGCUCUUAUUUGUGGCGUGAUAUACAAUCGGUGCAUUUGACUAUAAACAUGCGAGUGAGAACUGGAGAUAACCCGGAUGAUAGUCAAUUUUCUGAUUCAUUAUUAAAGAUUGGUGAAGGUACCUAUCCACAACUACACCAAGGAAAACUUAUUCUGACGCCUGAAUUAUGUUGUAUAGUGCAAUCUCAACCACAUCUUAUAUCGUCGGUUUACGGUGACGUAACAAAUAUAUUAAAUAGGGACAAUUCCUGGCUAUGCGAAAGAUCUAUUUUAACUCCUCGCAAUGACCAGGCAUCUGAGAUUAAUAACAAAAUACUGUCGAAUAUACAGGGGGAAAGCAAAGUUUAUAGAUCAAUAAAUAGAAUGGUCGAUGAACAAGAAGCAACUAAUUACCCGAUAGAAUUUUUAAAUUCUUUAAAUAUGCCCGGACUUCCUUCUCACGAAAUUUGUUUAAAAAUUGGCAUUCCGAUUAUUCUACUCCGAAAUUUAAGACCACCACAACUUUGCAAUGGAACUCGACUAAAAGUAACCCAGUUGCAACAAAAUAUAAUCGAGGCUCAAAUUUUAACAGGUUGCGGUGCAGGAGAAACCGUCUUUAUCCCCAGAAUACCCUUAAUACCAAAUAAUUUUCCAUUCCAAUUUAAAAGGACGCAAUUCCCAGUAUCGGUGUGUUAUGCAAUGACAAUAAAUAAGGCUCAAGGGCAGACUUUUCAUGUUGCCGGAGUAGAUCUCGGUGUCAGUUGUUUCUCGCAUGGUCAGUUAUACGUUGCUCUUUCCCGUGUUAGCAGUUCUAGAAAUCUUUAUGUUCACGUGCCGGACGGGUCAACUUUCAAUAUAGUUUACCCGGAAGCUUUGCGCUAAAGUAUUUUGAUUCUAUAGGUCCUUAAGCCUCAUGUGAACCUGAUGUAAAUAAUAUUACCAAUACAUUUUAAAUUAAUAAUACACAAGGAGUUACACGCUGACGUAGUCGCGGGCACAGCUAUCUAUACUUUUCUGCCGGAAGUCACUAUUCCACGCGGACGAAGUCGCGGGCAAAA